AUGAAAACUUCCGUAUUAAGAGCAGUACGGAAACAACAACCAUGGCCAUACCCAUUAUUGUCACUCUCAGGUCUACAUCAUAGCAGCAGAGUCUUUGUUAGAAACAAGACAAAUGUUUCAUCAUCUUCUCAACAGCAAUGGCCCGAGCUAUUAAAGUCGGAUUUUGUGCAAGACGUGAGUAAAUGUGCUUUGAAGCAGAGGCAGAAUCUGCAUCUGCAGCAUCUGCAUCAACAGCAACAACCACAGCCAGACUAUGUCAAAUUGAUCUUAACAUCAAGGGUUUACGAUGUUGUUCCGGAAGCAGGUACUCCGCUAACUCAUGCUGUCAAUUUAUCCCAUAGGUGUGGGUCGAGAAUCUACUUGAAGCGUGAAGAUCUUUUACCGGUUUUUUCCUUCAAAUUGAGGGGCGCCUAUAACAUGAUUGCACAUUUGAAUUCCAAUGCAAAGCAACCAAUAUCUGGUGUCAUUGCUUGUUCCGCUGGUAAUCACGCACAGGGUGUCGCGUAUUCUGCAAACAAAUUGAACAUCCCUGCUACCAUUGUUAUGCCCACUCCAACUCCAUCAAUAAAGUAUUUGAAUGUUUCGAGAUUAGGCUCACAAGUGGUUUUGUACGGCGAUGAUUUUGAUUCCGCAAAGCAAGAAUGUGCGAGAUUAAGUAAAGAGUACAAUUUGAUCAAUAUCCCUCCUUUUGAUCACCCUUAUGUAAUUGCUGGUCAAGGAACAAUUGCAUUAGAGAUAACAAGACAGCUUAGGUUAGACAAGUUGAGUGCAUUGUUUGUACCUGUAGGUGGAGGUGGGUUGAUCUCGGGUGUUGCGGUUUAUUUGAAGCAGAUUGCGCCACAUGUGAAAAUUAUUGGCGUUGAAACAUACGAUGCCAAUGCCUUGUACCAAUCUUUAAAACAAGAAAAACCAGUGCAUUUGAAUAAAGUUGGACAGUUUGCCGAUGGCACUGCUGUCAAAGUUCUUGGAGAUGAGACAUGGAGAAUAUGUAAGGAUUUGGUUGAUGAAGUAGUUCUUGUUGAUACCGAUGAGAUUUGUGCAGCUAUUAAGGAUAUUUUUGAGGAUACAAGAUCCAUAACUGAACCGUCAGGUGCAUUGUCUGUUGCCGGAUUGAAGAAAUAUAUUGAGCAGCAUCCAGAAAUUGACCACACAGACAAAACUUAUGUGCCUAUAUUAUCGGGAGCAAAUAUGAAUUUUGACAGAUUGAGGUUUGUUAGUGAAAGAGCCGUUUUAGGUGAAGGAAAGGAGGUUUCUUUAGCUGUCAAUAUCCCCGAAAAACCGGGCGAAUUUUCAAGACUACAGAAAAUCAUUAACCCAAGAUCCAUUACUGAAUUCUCUUACAGGUGUAGCGGCAAGGACACAGCAAACAUUUUUGUCUCGUUCAAUGUUGUUGACAGAAAUGCAGAACAACCAAAAAUAAUGGAAGCAAUGAGAAAUGCAGGGUUCGAAGUGACUGAUAUGUCAGAUAACGAAUUGGCCAAAUCUCAUGGUCGUUACCUUGUUGGUGGCAAAUCACAUCUGGUAAGAACUGAGAAUGAAAAGUUGUACCAAUUUGAAUUCCCUGAAAAGCCAAAUGCAUUGUUCAACUUUUUACAAGCAUUGAAAAUCGAUUGGGAUAUAAGUCUAUUCAACUAUAGAAACCAUGGCCAUGAUAUAGGCAAAGUAUUGUGUGGAUUUAUUUUACCUUCUGGAAGUGAAGAGGAUUUCAAGGAGUUUUUGAAGAAUAUCGGCUACACUUACACCGAGGAAACUGACAAUGUGUUUUAUAAAAAGUUUUUAAAAAAUUAA